AUGGAGAAAAACGAAGAUCUGAGCGGCGACCCUAUCGCGGAACUGAUCACUAGCUUUAACGAGCUCAACGCCGGCACAGUCGAGGAGCUAGAUGAAGAGCCGAGCCCGCUCGAGUUCAUGAGGUACGUAGCGCGGAAUACACCUUUCGUCGUACGCAGUGGAGCUUCCGACUGGCCGGCUGUGAAACGCUGGACUGCCUCGUAUCUCCGGGAGUCGCUCACCGGCCAUCAUAUCAAUGUCGCCGUAACACCGUAUGGGAACGCCGAUGCUCCCACCGAUCAAGACGGCCAUUUGAUAUUUGCCAAGCCGCACGAGGAGGAGCAACUCUUCAGCUCGUUCCUCGACUACUUAACAAAUCAAGAGCUAUCUCCUUACUCCUCACCUGAAAGUAGAGGGGAAGUUCGAUAUGCUCAGACGCAAAAUGAUAACCUGCGCAAUGAGUAUUCCUCGCUCUACUCCCAAGUACCACCCUCCAUCCCCUUCGCACGCAUCGCUUUGCAAAAUGAGCCCGACGCCGUGAACCUAUGGAUCGGCUCCUCUGCAUCAGUAACCGCAUUGCACCGCGACAACUAUGAAAACGUUUAUGUACAAGUCGCAGGGCGCAAACACUUCGUCUUGCUGCCCGCGCUGUGUCAACCAUGCGUCAACGAGCAAGAGCUCGAGCCUGCAUCUUAUAUCCGAGAGGCCCGAGGUUUGCGCUUACAAAAAGAGGAAGGUGAUAAAGUCCCCUUUGCAACUUGGGACCCCGAUAAUCCAACUAUACGGAGUACGAAGUAUUCGCAUCUGGCACGGCCCCUGAGGGUUACCCUAGAACCAGGUGAUAUGUUAUAUCUACCAGCUAUGUGGUACCAUAAAGUCUCGCAAUCAUGUUCCGAAGAAGGUAUCUGCGUUGCCGUCAACUAUUGGUACGAUAUGGAGUUCAGCGGAUCUCUCUAUCCUUUAGUAUCGUUAGUCCGGACUCUCGGUAAUCAAGCAACAAGAUAA